AGCCAGAAAAAAUAUAAUGAUUACAAUGGUUUUUAUAAUUUUUGCCAAUUUUUUAUUAUUCAUAAUCAGUUUUUCUGGAACCAUACUAAAUUCUUAUUUACUCUACAAAUUCAGUACAAGACGAGGAGUAAUCAGCGGAUUCUAUAAACUUUGUUUAGUCAAAACCGUUCCAAAUAUAGUCGUCUGCGCGUGUUUUUUAAUUUGGGCUGUUCCACUGGGCAGUUUUCGAGUGAAAAAUGACAAAGUGCCGAGAGAUGCAAAUGUUUUUGUCGGACAGUUGGCAGGUGCCGGAUCAUAUAUAUUUGGACCACUUCUUCACGUCGGCAUGUCAUCAAACAGAUUUUCAUCCCUGUAUUUCCCAAUUCAAAUAAUGAAAGCAAAUCGAUAUCCAAUUACAACAAUUUCAAUUGGAGUUGCUUUUAUCAUAGCUGUCGUUUUUACAGUGAUUGGGCUACCAAAAGAUUGCGGCUUCUUAUACUUCCCUGAAACACUGGAAUGGCUUUCCGAGGAAGCGCCGUGUGCAAUAUUUCAAUACGAUCUUCUCCUUUACUCCAUUCUUGGAUGUGCCGUGAUUUCAAACUCUAUGAACCUGGCAACAGCGGGAAGAUUACUUUUUGAUAAGGUUGGCGGCAUGAGUGCAGCUGAUUCGAAAGUCCGCCGAAAGAAAUACCUCGUCACAUAUUGUCAAACUGUACUUCAAGAUUGUCUACAUGUCCUCGACAUGAUUAACAGUACAUACACGUGGCAAAUAUAUCCAGAUUCAAUAUGGUUUCAGUUCUUCUGUCUCACUUUUUCUUUUGCCUCAAUUCACUGUUUCGAUGGAUUCGUCAUGUUCUACUUUCACAGCGAAGUUCAUCCCAAAUGGAUGUGGCGGAAGGCGAUGAGGAAAAAAUCAUUAAUUUUAGUUGUUGCAAUGUCAAAACCAUCUACGUUCAGUUAACUGGUAUUUUUUCUGAAUUUAAUUCAUCAUAGCUCAAAGUCAUUUUGUUUUCUCGUAUUUGUUGGUUAUAAAUCGUAAA